AUGUCAACAAGAAACCAUCCUACAGAUUCUUUCCUUCCUUCUGCUAUAGGUGUUUUCGAUAUGGCACAUCUAGUUCAAUUACCACUCUCCGAUUCAGGUACUUCGCCCAAUUCACCAAUGUCUACCCAUCGACAUCACCUCGGUCAAGGUUCAACCGCCUACUUCUCCCCUCCAAAUACUUCCUCUCCAGCACAACAAUAUAUACAACAUUCACCACCCAGCGGCGGACCCAUUUCUCCUCCUCGUACUCGAUCUGCCUCCGCAGAAAAUACGUCGUCUCAAUUGAUCGAAGACUUUAGAAAAUAUUCACAGAACUUAAGAGAUCAAUAUGAAGGGGAACUCGCGCACAUUCUGGCAGAUAAACAACGUGCUCAGGAGGUCAUAGCAGAAGAAAGAACAUUAUGGGACAAAGAAAGAAGAAUGUUGAUUUCUCGAAUUCGGGAUCUUGAGGCAAGAUUGGCUGCAAAAGGGGAAGAGGUAGCACCAGCUGGAAUAUUCAAUUUAGAAUUGGGAAAUCUAGGGUUCCGUCCAGUAGGAAACAUGUUUACCAAUCCCACUGGCCUACCAAUUAUCAGAAAACCAGCAAAAGUAUCUUCGUCUCCAGCCGGAAGUUCAGAGGGAAAGAAAUCGUCGCAUAGUCACCCAGAAAUCAAACAAGAGUCAGGAAGAAAUGCAGAUGGAUCCCCGUUCUACGCACCAGCACCACAGAACCCGACCAGAACAUUUUCGACUGAAUCGGAAGGUUUGAGAGUUGAAGACAUUCAUGCGCCAAGCGAAAACCCGAUUCAAGUUACCCAGGAAUUGACUCCAUCCGAUUUUGUUGGAUCUUCACAAUAUGCAUCACCCGAAGUUUUCAGUUCACAUCAAUCCGGUAUACAUUGGGAAGAGGAGGAAAGUAUCGGGGGAGAUGUUAUUGGUGCUGAUAGUAUAGAUAUAUCACGAAUCGCUCCACAUCUAGAGGGUGUACCCAUCAAAGCUAGCGCCGUGGACCCAGUCUUCGUCGCCAACGUUCUAAGUCCUAGAUCUGUGAGUCCAAGAUUAAGUCCAAAUGUUGAACCACCAGGAAGAGAUGUUGGUAUAAGUCUACGAAAAGCAGAUUUGGAGCCGGAAAACAAGAGAUUAACAAUGUAUGCGGGUCAUACGCCUAACCAUUCCAUUUCACGCUUCUCGGAUUUGGUCAAGGAGAGUGACGAAGCUGAAGGUGAUGAGACGCCUAGGGGUUUUGAUGGAACUGUUCAUCGGGGUUCACUAGCGCCAAUUCCAGAUGGGGAUGAAGGAUUUACGCUUGAUGUGCAACAACCUGACGAAGACGAAGAAGUUCACGAUCGCCCAUUAACAGGUCCAUUAGGCCUUACGAAUGUUCCGGCUAGAGAUGAAUUUUUCCUCGAAGCACUCACAGAGCGAUUGGAAGAAGUGAAGAACUCGAGACCGGGAAGUAAAGAGACGACCCCAUGUGUGAGUCCAGGUACUUCGAGUCCGAUUUUGGAGAUGAAGAAGCCGAGGAGUAGGGAUAGGGAUAUUGGUGGUGGAGGUGAUGAUGGGAGGGGAAUGGAAGGAGAGGAAAGGGGAUUUGGGGAUGAGGAGGGAAGUGACGAAGUUGGAGAUGAAUCAACGGAAAUACUGUUGAGGUUAAAGCCGACUAUGAAUUUUGGGAGACCGAUGGGGUUUAGAUGA